CGGGUUUGGCCGUAAGAAGGGCCGUAUAGUCCUGGAAGCUUAGGCCGUAAAACUAAUCCAUGACCAAUCCACAGACCAACAACAACCACCAAUCAAGAAGAAGAACUUUUGAACCUAACCAACAAUUUGUGUUUGUUUUUGUAUAAAUUUUUUUCCGUACUUAUUUACAGAUAUUUUCUUAAUUUAAACGAAUAUUCUCAUUAACUUCGGUUUAAAGUAAAUAUGACAAUGUCUUCAAAUGAUAAUCCGAGUUCCUUAGAAGAGCAAGCUAGGCAACGCCGAGAAAAAUUACUUUCUUUGAAAAGGAAAAGGGAUGGCAAAACUAACUCUAACGGCUCUAAUUCCGAAUUAGCAAAUGAGUUAGCUGUCUUACCUAGACCCUCAUUCAGGAGCUAUAAACCUAUUGAUGAAAAUCUACAUGAAAAUUUACUUCCUAGUACGCAACCAGAGGAUGUCAGUACACAGGUUAAAGAUCAACUUGAGUCAGCGAAUACUAAAAUUGUCUUAGACCAGUUGGAUGUUACAUCUUUGGCACCGAGGAAGCCUGAUUGGGACUUAAAGAGGGACAUUGCCAAGAGAAUAGAACAAGUAGAAAGGCAGACUCAACGAGCUAUUGCAGAGUUGAUCAGAGAACGAUUAAAAGAGAGAAAAGAAGAUUUAGCUAGUAUGGUGAAUGUUGGAACAACUGAGAAUUUUGAUAGAUAAAAUAGAAUAACUAAUUUUUAAUUAAUUUAAAUAAUAACAUGGAAAAUAUAUGUUUUACAUAUGUAUAGGUACAAAAUUGUUAAUUACUUCAUUUUAGAGUAAUUCUAAGCAUUAUUAUUUGGAAAUGGUUUAAAAUUAUAAUAUUAAUAGUAUAUUUUAUAAACUUAAAACAAGGAAAUUACAUUUUUAUUAUG